AUGUGCAGAGAAAACAAAACUUAUCUGACUGAAUUCAUCUUGCUGGGCCUUUCUUCAGAUCAUCAGACCCAGAUCCUGCUGUUUGUGGUAUUUCUUAUCAUCUACCUGCUAACUGUGUUUGGGAAUCUACUUAUCAUACUCCUAGUUCACACUGACACUCGGCUUCAUACACCAAUGUACUUCUUCCUUAAAAAUCUGUCAUUUACUGAUUUCUGUUUCUCUACAACUAUUGUUCCUAAGAUGCUAUCCCAUUUUCUGGUUGUAAGAAAGACCAUUUCAUUUAUUGGGUGCUCAACUCAGAUGUUUUUCUUUCUAGUAAUGGGGUGCACUGAAAGUUCACUUCUAGCAGUGAUGUCCUAUGACCGCUAUGUGGCAGUCUGCAAGCCCCUGCACUACUCCGCCAUCAUGACCCACAGGGUUUGUGUUUUGCUAGUCAUAGGGUCUUGGGUUAGUGGAGUGUUUGUGUCUUUAGUAGAUACCACUUUCACUUUAUGUCUCCCAUACCAGGGGCCAAAUAUAAUUAAUCAUUACUUUUGUGAGCCUCCUGCUCUUUUGAAACUGUAUGGGUCUGGAAUAUUUGCCUACAUGAGGCCAAACUCCAAGACCACAAAAGAGCGAGAUAAAAUGAUCUCUGUGUUCUAUACAGUGGUGACUCCAAUGUUGAACCCCAUUAUUUAUAGUCUGAGAAACAAGGAUGUCAAAGGGGCUCUCCAGAGAGUAACUGCAAAAUAA